ACCCGGACAUGGAGGGCAGCUUCAUAAAGAACCUGCGUGACGCGAUUAAGGCCAAGCGUCGGACGAACUUCGCAGACAUCGGCGAGAUGCCCCAGCUGUGGUUGCGUCAGUACGACCUCUACCACGCGCGCAUUACGCGCUACUGGUUCGACUACGCCCUCAAGCCGUCCAUUUUGGAACCGCCUAUGUACCACCGAACGGCACCUCUGCCAGUGCGCCUCGGCACCUUCGGCGUCGAAGUGGCAAAGGCAACGAUCGAGUCCUACAUGGAGCUUCGAUUCCAAGGCCACGGGACAGACGCCCUGGACAGCUUCCAAUUCUGCUUCUCCGACAUAAAGGAUAAGGAGCGGCAAGAGGAGCUCAGCGCCGAAUGGAUCGCGCUAGUGGAGACCAACAUGCUGGACAGCGCCGCCCUGGACAUCGCCCUCUCGGUGCUCAAGCUGGUACCGUCCUUCGACGAGGACCGGCUGCACGAUGUGCCGCUCACGGGCCACCAGCUCUUCUACGUGGCUCACUGUUACACGCACUGCGGCGAAGAGAAUGGCACGCCAUUGUGCAACGAACCCCUCAGGCACAAGGAGGACUUCGCGAACGCCUUCUCUUGCCGGCCGCACAGCCACAUGCGAUCCGAGGACAAGUGCCCGAGCUUCUUACUCUGGGCGCCGCAACGGCACUAUAUAUCGCGCGGUAUUCGGGGAAAUAGUUUUCUUUUUUAAACAUAAUAACCGUGUUCCCGAAACUGCGCUUCAAACUCGCGGCAUGUUUCGGACAUAUCGACAGUGUUAACGCAUUUACCGAACGUGUAUAUAUGUUUAGGCCGGGCUGAAAUUAGUGUUUCAUUUU